UCUUAGAUCUUAACUAUGGAAAAAGAAGAAAGCCAGCCUAAUAAAAUUGGUUCACUCGAAGAAGAAGCAAAAAAACGCAAAGAACGACUAUUAAAUUUAAAAAAAUCUUUAGAAGACAAAAAUGAAACACAAAACAAUGAAAACGACUCAGAGAAACCAUUACCAAAGUAUGUGCAAUAAAUUCAACUUAAAUAAGAUAAUUAACACUAAAGAUUUAUUUUAAUAUUAUUUUUAGGCCCAGAUUUAAAAGUUAUAUUCCAGAAGAUGAAGGACUAAAAGCAGAACUUAUUCCUACACCUCAACCAGGUGAUAUUAUAGCUGAAGUAGAGGACCAAUUAAAAGCUGGAGAAACCGUCUUUACUGUUCAAGAAUUGGUAAAUUUAUGUAUUGUUUUAAAUUUAGUUUUAAAAAUAUCCGAUUUAGUGAUUUUAAUGGGUUUAAUAAAUAAUAUCAAUAAUUAAUUAUCUUUCAUAAUUUAACAAAAUAUUUUAGAUUGCUAAUUUUUUAUCAUUCAUUAAAAACUUAAUUUAUUUUUUAUUAUUUUUAUUUAUAAGUUACCCAAAUUUUGCCUAUUACAUUAUACCUAUUUUGAUCUUGUAAACUAUUUUUUAAAUUGAAAAAAUAAAGUCUUGUUCUAAAUAAUCUAAAUUAAUACAUAAACUUAAAAAAUAAUAAUGAAUUACAUCAAAUAAAAAAAUUUGUAUAAGCUUAUAUUUCAUAUAUAAUGUUUACUCAUGCCUGCCGAUAAAGUACAAGAAAGCCAUAUGUUGCUUUAAGGCGAAAAAUAUUUUACUGCAGACUUAUGUAUACUUUUAUUGGAAAUCUAUUGAUUUAUAUUUAUAUUUAAAAUAUUAUAUUUUACAUUUAUUUGAUUUAUUACUUUGGAUUUCUAAUCAUUAAAUAAUGUUCAACCAAAAAAACCUUAAUAAUAAUUUGGAAUUCAGUGAAUUCUGCUUAUUGUGGCCACCAGUUAAUGCGGGUAGCCGCAUAAUGUAGACAUGUCUAUAACAUGGUCUGGUCCCAAUUCUAAUGUAUAACAAGACAUAUUUCGGUUAAAAUGGACAAAUGUAACUGGUUCUAAUGUGCCCACAUUAAGCGGAAUCCACUGUAUGAUACAGUUAUUGAGAACUAAUUUAUAUAUAUAUUGGGUAUUUGGAUUCUACGGUACAUUCAUAUUUUUAAAUUUUUAAAUUUGAUUUUUAGAAUAUUAACCCAUUUAAUUUCACCUAUAUAUUCAUUAUUAUUUUUCAAAUAGGUAAAUAUAUUCAUUACAAAUUUAAAACACUUCAAUUUUAAAUUUAUUGUUUUAAAAAUAUAUAGAUUAGUUUUAAAUAAAAAUAAAACAUUUUACACUUCUAUUGUAUAGGCUUGUAGAGUUGUACAUAAUAAUUACAAUUUAUUAGCUUAUUAUAAAAACUUGAAAUAAAUUGUGUAUAAACAUAUUUAUUUUUUAAUAAAUAAGUUAUAUUAUUAGUAUAACAUUUAUAUUUUAUAAUUUUUAAAAUUGUAAUAAAAAAAAAAUCUUAUUACGAAUUUAACAUAAAAAGUUUAUGUAUUAUAAUUUAAUUUUAUUCACUGUAAAAUUAAUUUAAACUCUUAGUAAUUUGUAAUUAUAUAUAUUUUAUUAUUGUUUUAGGAUUUGAAUACAUUGGCACCUAGAAAACCAGAUUGGGAUCUAAAAAGAGACAUAGAAAAAAGAAUGGCUAAACUUGAGAGACGUACACAACGAGCAAUUGCUGAACUUAUACGUGAGCGUUUAAGAGGAGAACAAAAUAUAGACUUAGCAGUAGCUGUUAAUGAAGGAGCCAGAGUAAAUGCUCAAAUUGAUAAUGAAGAGUAAUAUCAUAAUUUUUUUUAAUUUAUACUACAUAGUUUUAAGUUUAAGUCCUACUAUUUGUUUUAUAUGUAAAUAUAAUAUAUAUAAUUUAAACUGAUUUAAAUUGUUAAAUUCAUAUAAAUACUUUAAGUGGUAACUUAAUUGUGUUUUCCCUUACCCGGAGUACACUUUACUCAGUGUAAUGACAAAUUAGGUUUGAAUAAUGAUUGAUUAUAAUCAAUUUUUGUUUCAUAAAAAAAUUAGAUCUAUUAAAAAAAAAAAAAACAUGUUAUCUAAAAGUAAGUGUAUGUUCCAAAUGAUGAAUAAUGAGAAACAUAAAUUAUAAUCAAAUUAAAACCAAACAAAUUAUCAAAUGAUACAAAACAGACUUAACAGUAGCUGUUUAUGGUUUUGCCUUUAUAGUUAUUGCUCAAAUUGAUAAUGAAGAGUCUUAGUUUUAACAUAUAAUUUUAAGUUAAGUUAUAAUGUUUGUUUCUAUACAAGUACUACGUAUAUAAUCUAAACUAAUUUAAUUAUGUUACCCUAACUAAGUUGUAAUGAUAAAAUGAGUUUAAAUAUACAGUGAAAACUUUAUAUAACGAACAGUUAUGAGACCAUGAAAAGUGUCAAUUUUAGACAGGUGUGGGAGGUGGCAUUGCAAAGAAAAUACAAAAUGAUAUACUUCGCACUAUUGGUGGACCACUGUGUUAUAGGUGAGAGGUUUGGGAAGUAGAGGGUAAAUUUAAUAUAUGUAUAUAUAUAUAUCUGUAUGCAACAGUGAAUCAUUAUUCAUUACUAAGGAAAAAUGAUCCUGAGUGAAAUUUAGUUAUACAUGUUUUAAAAGGUUAGAUCAAAAUUUAUGAUAGAAAAGUUGUUCAAAAAAUAAUAAUAAUAAACAUUGUAAGCCAUUACAUUUCUUGCUUCUCUCAGAAUCUAAAAUUAAAACGAACAGAGAAAAAUAUAAUGGCAAAGCGAUACAGAAUAAGCACUGAAUAGUCUAUACAUAGUAAUGAUUGAACAUGACAUUGUAAUCUGUCAUAAUCAGUAUUUGAAAUAGACUAGCCACUCUGUUGCAUGGUAUAUGUGUACACAUUUGCAAUAUAUUUGAUUUUGAUCUAAAAUAGUUGUCUGUUAUUAAAGAAUUGGGAAGGAUAUUACUGUCUGUGUCUAUAAUAGAGUCUGUUAUAAACAGGUCAAAAUAUAUUGAAAAUGUCUAUCUUUUUGCAGGACCUUAUUUUUUUUAUAAAAGAUCACUGCCUUUAUAAUGAUAAAUUUAUGUAAAAUUGUUUAAAAUUGGUUAUUUAAAGUAUUAUAAGCCCCAUAAUUUCAUUCUGACAUUCAUUCUCUUUAAAUAGUACAUAUACAUUAUUCCUAAAAUUAUUGUAGUUAUAAUGUAUAAUAUCUUCAUUAUUUCUUAUUAUUAUAAUUAAAUUUUAUUAUUCUUUAUAUUUUUUAGAUUCUGAGCGAAGUGAGGAAUAUGUGAAUUUUCUUCUUGUCCCCAC